CCUCGAGUGCCACGACUGCGAUUGCCUCAACCAUGACGGCGUUUCAUCUCUAGGCACCUGCAUUUUUAGUCCUUGUUCAUAGAGCAUAGAUGAUCCUUGGAGUCUCUCGCUUACUACAGACUUGAACACCUUGCAUUAUACCUUGAAUCACGAAAGAGCUGUCCUUGGAAUAUUCCAGAACGAAGAAUCGGCACCUUGCGACAGACUGAUACACACUGAGCGAGAAGAAAGUACUUUUUACUCCUCACCGAGUCUCAACUAAACUGCUAUCGAAAGACAAAAACACUUUCCUCCUUUGCAAGAAUGUCCACCGCUGUCGUUGGCGCGGACGACGACGUCCUCGACCCUACCCUCCAGAACCUCAUUGAUCAGAAGUCGUUAAGAUGGAUUUUUGUGGGCGGAAAAGGUGGCGUUGGCAAGACCACGACAUCUUGUUCUCUGGCAAUACAAAUGGCGAAGGCGAGGAAAUCUGUGCUGCUGAUCUCUACGGACCCGGCACAUAACUUGAGCGACGCGUUCAGCCAGAAGUUCGGAAAAGAUGCGAGACUCGUCGAAGGUUUCGAUAACCUAAGCGCCAUGGAAAUCGACCCCAAUGGAAGCAUCAAUGAUUUGAUCGCAGGCGCUGGAGACGAAGGUCAAGAUGCUAUGUCCGGUCUAGGUGGAAUGGGAAACAUGAUGCAAGAUUUGGCAUUCAGCAUUCCUGGUGUUGACGAGGCCAUGUCAUUCGCGGAAGUCCUCAAACAAGUAAAGUCUCUCUCCUACGAAGUCAUCAUCUUCGACACCGCGCCGACGGGCCACACGCUUCGUUUCCUCCAAUUUCCCACGGUUCUAGAAAAGGCUCUAGCAAAGAUUUCUCAGCUGUCCACGCAAUUCGGACCCAUGCUACAGUCAGUACUGGGCGCCAGAGGAGGUCUUCCCGGUGGUGCCUCCAUGGAAGAACUUACCCAGAAGCUCGAAACCCUCCGAGAGACCAUCUCUGAAGUCAACACUCAAUUCAAGAAUCCCGACAUGACCACUUUUGUCUGUGUCUGUAUCGCCGAAUUCUUGUCCCUGUAUGAGACCGAGCGAAUGAUCCAGGAACUGUCAAGCUACCAGAUUGACACUCAUUGCAUUGUUGUCAAUCAACUGCUCUUCCCCGAGAAGUCCAAUGAAUGCAAACAAUGCAAUGCGAGGCGGAAAAUGCAGAAGAAGUACCUGGACCAAAUUGAAGAGCUAUACGACGAAUUCAAUGUUGUUAAGAUGCCUCUACUCACUGAUGAAGUGCGGGGUGUGGAAAGCUUGAAGAGUUUCUCGGAAAUGCUUAUUCAUCCGUAUCAGCCACCUUCUUGAGUAGUCACACGUUGGAGUUUGAGAGAUCUGGUACAAAUCGAGUCCCUGUUGCGAUAGACGUGUUCAAGCAUGAGCGAAGUUGGUUUCUGGAGAUUCUUUGAAGUCUUCGAGUAAAAGAAAUGAUUGCGCCCUUCACCCAUCGCCCUGCUAUUCCCUUGCUCCGUUCUACUGGAAGACUCUUCCAACAGUGUUAAAUGAUACAUCAAGCAUGGAUAGUUUCCAGCUGAUUACUUGAAGUGCCAUGAAAUCAGGAAUAAGACUUCUCUGGUACCAGAUCUCUUGAUUUGGGGUUGAGGCUGCGAUGCAGCUGUGAUGAGUGUAUAUACAUAAAUUCAACAAGGUCCAAAAGGGGCCAUGAGUCUCAAUAGCGCCGAAAGUCUCAGGCAAAAUAUCGUCCCAAA